AUGGCUUCGGCACACGUAGAAACACCGCCCGCAGACACAACUGGUCUACCAGAUUACCUUCUGGACCCUAAUGCAGUAAUGAAGGAUGUUGAUGCCAAAUGGCGAUACAAUCAGCCACCGGACUAUACGAAUACAAGAAGAGUCUGGGCACAGACCAAAACACAAAGUCACACAGCUGCGUCCCUACCCUCUCUUGUCGAAAACCUCGUCAAGAACUGGGAAGUAGAAGCCUCUUUCAAAACUGAGAUUUCUGACUGGCGCACCAUCGAUCAUCCCAAUUUCUCAUUCUCUAUCAAUGGCUCUGCGCCCGUUACAGGUGAAUAUAUGUUGAAAGUGGGCACUUAUAAUGCUAUCCUUACAUCGAACGAAUACUAUUCUCCGGAAAAAUCAGACUUUUCGAGCAGUCACAAGACGUUUAAAAGGAUGAUACCAACCUUCGCGUGGGAGGUAUUAGAGGUGUACAGUGGGCCACCAACCGUUAGUUUCAAAUGGAGACAUUGGGGUAUCAUGAAGAAUGAUUAUGUUGGGAUUAAUGACAAAAGCGAAAAGGUAACCAUUCCCUCGCAUGGUGGAACAAUUGACAUUCAAGGUGUCGCAAUAGCGAAGGUCGACUCAGCAGUACGUCUCCAAGCUGUAGAGAUAUUCUACGAUCCCCUCGAGAUGUUCCGACAGAUAGCGAACAAAAGUGAUGUCAAGAAAUCCGAGUUGCCCAAAGGGAGCAAGGACGAUCUAACAACAUUGUUACAUGGGGAAGGAUAUGCGGCCGAACAGUCAGAGGCUGCGGUGCUCUCCACAGGUUGCCCAUUUAUGCCAGGGGAGAACAGGGAAUAA